AGUGACUCUUCCCUACAAAACCCCUUGAUUACAAGGAUAAUUAAUGAUUUCGACGAUAUUUGAACCUCACUGGUUCUUCGUUUUAAACUACAUGAAAACCUUGGGAAAACUUUAACGAAUACUGAUCUUCGCAUCCACUAGUACUGCUUCUAUAUGAUAGAUUGUAAUUGUAAUUGUAUCCAUUAAUUUCAAUUUCUUUCUUCCUUACUGAAUCUUCAGUCAAUCAGUCCUUCUUUCCAUCAUCAACUUUAAAAGGAUGGUGCGCGGUCCUCGUCCUCCUCGCCCUCGGGUCACACCCGUAGAAAAGCGCAAAAUCAUCGAAGACAAGAACCGCAAAGAAAGUGACAAAAUCAAAGCCUUGGAGUUAGAAGCUGCUAAUCGUUUGGAUGACAUCAAGAACUUCGUACGGGACAUAGAUAAGCAAGAUGAAGAGGAUAAGGCAGCAAAGACUGCGAAACAGCUGGACGAUUAUGGCGUGCCGAUCUCCAGUGGUUCGGACGAACCAAGUGACUAUGAGUCACCAGGAACGCCGCCGAAAGUGCCCACGCCUGAAGGUACUCGAUAUGCAUAGGGUUCUAUGUUCUCACCUCUCCUGUAGUAGUUCUUAGUAGCUUGUCAUGUAUUACUAAUGACCUGUGCUUUAUUUUUCCGAAGAAUAUGGGAUCGUCUGUUACGUAGAUAGUAGUACGUUAUGAUGUUCGUCACGGUCACAGAUUGCCACGUACUUACUUAGAAGUAGUGUAUGUUCGUCUCAGGUUGCCACUGACCCUGACUUCAAGUAUAAUUUCACUCUUUUUCAUCCCAUCAAACUACAAACAGGCCUCUCCGAAGAGGAGAUCUACCAGGUUUACCGCAAGCGGCGACGAGAUCAGGCCAUUCGCUUGCAUAGACGCGCAAAGCGAGCUGCGAAGAGAAGGCAGAAGAAUGUCACCAUGAACUACCUUCAGUGGCAAAUCGGUUUCACAGACACUUUUACCGAGGUCGCAACUGCUCGAAUCAACAGCCCUAUUAUGCGCUUGUACCGCUUGACCAAGAUUAGAAAGGCAGAGGGUUUUCUGGGUGCAGAUCUGGAGGUGUUGAGAAACCCGGGAAUCAGCGACAAAAGGAUCCAUGUGAACACAACCUGGGGAGAGCUGAGGGAGUGUGUGUUAGACGGAACGAAAAAGCCAGAAGGGGAGAAGAAGAAGGAGGUACAAUUGAAGAUUUCCAUCGUGUUUGUUUUGUUGCUGUUGUCUUUAUUGAGUCUUCUAGCUAAAAAUAAACGGAUCCUAAUAUAAACGUGGCCACUAGACUUUUUUGGUUUUUUUGUUUUCUAGUUAGGUGUGCUCCACCGAUUUUAUUGGCGGGUCUUCUAGCUUAGUCGUGAUCGAGGACCUUCUUUCUUCAUCUCAGUUCUUGAUUCAUUCAACAUGCAAAAAUUUUUGGACUUUUACUUCUGGAAAUUUCUUUUUCUGUUCAGGUCCUGGAACCCACUGGUCUAAAAACGAUGGAUGACUUUUUGAAGUCCCAGAUGGGUGAAUCAACAGACUCAGACGAUGCUGCUACUCGAAAAGAACGUCGCAAGGAGGAGGAAAAGGCGAAGGAAGAAGCACUUCUCCAAGAGGCUGAUGAAAAUCGCAAAGAGGCUGAAGCCGACAAGGCUCAAAAGACAGCGAAACUAGCAGGACUAGUCACGGGUAGUUCUGUCACCGGUUUAAUGGGACAGCACGCAGCAAUGAAAAUCCGAAAAUUCUCUUCCGGCCCAGCGGCGGGCACAAGGGGUGCGAGACUGCUCGGAAAAGUCGGCGAGCCGCAACCCAAGAUCGUGACGAAAGCGAUGUUGCGCGGUGAGCAAGCAGUUUUGGAUGCUGGGAGAUCGAUAGGUGACACGAAGGGAGACAAGUCUCUAGCCGACGAACAGCAGGAAUGCUCCCUCGACUUCGAGGAACAAAAGAUUCGCGAAGAGCGAGAUCUACUCAAGGCAGCAGUCUUCGGGAGCAGUCUUCUUGAGAAAAAGAGCAGAAAAAGAAGCAAGAAGGGAAAAGCUUCUUCCAAGAGACAAAAAGGUGGCUCAGCAGAAGAGCAAGAAGGAGGAUCUUCUAGGAAUGGGCAGCCUGGUGAGCAGGAUACGGGCACUUUGGACCAGCUUAGCCGAGCUGGUGACGAUGCCGAUGAGAGCGAUGCUAUGUCCGAAGAUCAUGACGAUGCAGACGAGUGGUCACGACCAAGGGAAAGAAGAGGGUCGAAGACAAAUGUUGCACCUGCGGCGAAGGCGAAAGAUGAGCACCUUGUUCUAGAAGAUGAAUCAGUGGUUCUAGUUGAAGAUGCACGACAGCAGGACGUCGAUCUUCGAGCUCAGGUUGAAGAAGACACGGCUUCUCUUGCAGCGGAAGAUGGCGUGGACAUUACUCUCACACUUGGCGCAGGCGUCGAGAUGGAAGGCAGUGUCCCUUCUCUUGAAGCAGGAGAAGGUGUUUCCUCUGGCUCCCCUAUCGGCCGAGUCGAUACGGCCUUGUUAAGUCUCGAGAAACAGAGGGAGCAAUUGCAGAGCGAACUCCAAGAGGCGGGAGAGAUUGGGCAACAGAUUCAGGCAUCGAUUUGUACAGCGAAUUUGGCGGAAGAUGGCCCGCUUGCAGCUGAUACGACUGCGGGAGCUGCAGAGCAGGAUGUCGAAGGAGAGGAAGCCACCGAAAAAGUCGCACCGGCGUCUAUGUCGUGGAUGAAGAAAGAUGAAGCUUCCGAAGCAGGAGAAGGUGACGCUGCGGAAGAGACGGAGACUCCCGUGAGAGAAGAAGAAGUGCCGCUACCUACCGCACCACCGCAACGUCCCUCUCGUCCAGUCUCUGCCAUGAGCACGACCAGUUCACAGCGCAUCAAAGCUGCUCUUCAAGUUGCUUCGGAAGCUGACGCGUCGUCUUCGCUAGCAGGUGCUAAGCCAGGCUCCUCCUCCGACGCAGCAGCUCUAGAACAGCCACGCGCGUCUCCGUUCUCGUUUGCUCCUCGGAAGAAAAACAAGUGGGACGCCAGCGACGCCUUUGCGAAAGCGGAGGCUGAAAAGCAGGCUCGCGAAGCAGAAGCGGCCAAGAAAGCCGAGGAGGAGAAGACGCGAAAGCAACGUGAGGAAGAAGAGUUGAAAAGAGCGCAUGCUGCUGAGGUGGAAAAACGACAUCAAGAGGCUUUGGCGAAGGACAAACUGAGGCAAGAAGCAGAGCAAUUUUGGAACGAGAAAUUGGAGGAAGAGAGACUCGCACAAGAAGCGGAAGCAGAAGUGCAAAGAAAGAAAAAUGUCGAGGAAAAGGCAAGACAAAGAGCAGAGAAUGCCAUGCGAGUUAGGGAAUGGGAACGCAUGGAAAGAGAAGACCUCUUCAGCAGGAUUGUCGAAGACGCCUUGAAGGCAAAACAGGAAUUAGAGGAAAAAGUCCGAAUGCGCCAAGAGCAAGAGGAGUUGGAAGCGAAAGAACGCAGGACUGCUAGAGAAAAAGAGAACGAGAGGAAAAAAGCAGAACGUUUGCAAGAGAAGUUACGCCAGGCUGAGGAAAGGCGACUGUUAAACGAGGAGAAGCAAAAGGCAGCCGCAGAGUGGCGGGAACAUAUGCUUAAGGUGGAAGGCAAAAAUGUCAUUCCAGGAUCCGGCAGUCGUCCGACAUCACGGCAGCAUCUACAAAGGGCACUGGCAGUAGCGAAAGCAAAAAGCGGAUUGUCGGGGAAUAGCAGAAUGUCAACGCCAAAGCAGGAGCCUUCUGUAGAAGCUGCUGGCACAGCUUUAAGGGAGGGACAAGUGGAGGACUCGCUCGAUCUUGCAGCUGCAGAUACGGCGCGACAAACACAGGUAGACUUCGACGCAUCUAUAGCCACUGACAUGGAUAUGAUGUCAACGAGUGAUGCUCCUGCAUCUCGAGAGCAGUAUUCCGCAUUGCAGACAGAGCUGCGAGCUGCACAGGCCGAAGUGUUAACACUUUCUCCAACAGGAGAAGGGUUGGCGGACAUAGAAGCUUCCACAGGUGAGAAGCCACGAUCUCGUUCUCGACCACACUCUGCCGGUUCUAUGCGUCCGCCACCCUACUUACCUAGUUGUCGCAAGGACGGGCUGAGGCCAGGAUCUCCUAUGGUUGAGGCCAGAAUUUCUCAGAAGAAGCGAGCGCGUCCCAAGUCGAGUCCGGGAACCGUUAAGCGCAGCGACAAGCCUCCUCAUGUUGAGAAAAACGAUCCGUUGACGUUUCAGCAGUUUCAAGUACGCGAAAGAAAGGCAGAGCAAAGGCGUCGAGAGGAAGAAGAGCGUGAAGCACAGCUUGUCGGAGAACGCAAAGCCGCAGCGGCUCUACAGUAUGGCGACAAAGGAAUGCCACCAACACCUCCUAAUGAGCGAAGCUCUCAGGAUCAAGAGACACUUGGUGUACAAGAACGACCUACGUCAGCAGGAUCUCGGGAUCCGCUGUCUGCGAGCUUCACCGUCGUGCCCCCUCUGGCAGAUGCAAGUCUCGCUGUUGGAUUAGACGAUAUCAGGGCAGCAGCGGCUGAACGAGGGAACCAGGGACCGGACACUGAAGAGCCUGUAGUUGCCAGUCAGCAAUAUCAGAUCUUGAAAGAUGGGCGCAAGGUGUUUGGACCUCCUAUGGCGGGUAGUGUUGUUCUCUCCCGACCGCAGAGCAAAGUGAAGAAGCUAGGACAGCGUGGCGCAUUAGCUGUUUCCGCAGUCGCCGCAAAGUUCUUCAAGAAGCAUUUGUAUACUUCCAAACAAGGUUUCGGUGCUUUCGCGGGAGCCGAAGAGAGCGCUUCCGCGACGGAUCGGGAGACCAUGAGCAUUGCUUCUACGCCGCUUCCUUCUGCGCGUGGUGGCCGCCACAGGAUGGACAAAGUCGAAUCCUCUGCUGCAGGCUCAUCAGCGGUUUGUUCUAUGUCCGAAGCGGAAGGGGCGGGUACUUCAGUCUUUGGAAGACCCUCAGCUGAGCCUUUCGCCAGUGUUUUGGCUGCGGGAUCGGCAACAGAUAUUGGCGCAAGUGCAACAGAUGUCGAUGAUGCUGUCGUUGCUGGUGCAGAUGAGGAAAGAAGAGGUGGUGAUGCUGGUACAGGUGCUGGGAAGAAAGCACGUGUGCCCAAUUUCAGCGCUAUUCCAGAGGAGCAAGAAGCCGAAGCCCAAGAAGCCGAGAUCAAAGCGAAAUUGCAAAGAGAAAAGCUGUUGAAAGACCGGCAAAGGGCUUAUGAGGAAGCUGAAGAAAGCGGCGACUUGGACAAGAUUCUCAAAGCUAAAGCGCGUCUUGACGAAGUCACUGGUUGUGGGAGCGACGCAGAGGAUGCUAAUGUUGAUCUAGACGAGGAAGAAGACUCUGACGAGGACGACCAGGAGUCGUCGGAAGGCGAGUCCUUUGUCGAUUUCUGCGAGUGGACCCCUGUAAGUUCCGUUUUUGACACCGACGAAGAGGAGGAACUCAGGGAAGACAUGGCAGAACUUGAUGUGAUCGUGCAAAGGGAGUUGAAAAGAGCUCGCGAGGCGGAAGAGCGCGCUGAGAGGAUGGGGCGGCCGAUUGAGCGCAUGGAAACGCCGAGGUCGCCGCAAAUCGAAGAUAUCGAGGUUUUGGAAUUCGAACUGGAUCAUGGAACGGCGAAACCAGGUGUGGAUUUGAAACUCAAAAUCGCGCAAUUGAAACUGAUCCGGCAUGAACGGAAGCAAGCAGCGAUGCUGCGGCGCUCAGUCGCGACGCCUUAUUCUCGCAAGAAAUACCGCUUGGGUGGAGACGAAGGAGUAGAAUCUUCGGAGGAUGACGUGACAGAAGAAACGGUUUCUGCAGGGACAAAGAGCACGGGCACUAGACUGAAGAAGUUGAUGGCAAGUGCGCUGCCGACUAGACGAGCGAUAUUUAAGAAGAUGGACACGAUCGUGCCGGAAGAGGCAGAAAAAAAAGUAGAAGGCGAGGAAGACCAAGAUGAAGGAGAUCAAGACGGCAUAGAGGAAGGCGUUCUUGAGGGUGAAGACGCUGCUUUUGAUAAAGCUUUGCUAGCUGCUGCGGCACGCACGCAGGAGGAAGAAGCGGAAGCGGCAAGACUGAAGACUUCUGCGGGGGACGAGAAAGCGCAAAUUCGAGGUUGGAUGAAAGUUCAAAAGGUCAUCAAGUUCGCUCAUACACUUCGAAAAAAGGUAGAUCGUCUGCGAAAAACCGAAGAUGACGUGCAAUUGCCAGCGCACGAGGGCAAAUACGCCGAACUGUUUGAGCCGCCGCCUCCGCCUCCGCCUGAAAGUUCGGAUUCCGACGUCGGACCCACGGUUGAAGAACUUCGGGAACAGCGAAGGGCCGCAAGAGCAGCUGCAACGGCAGCUGCGAAAGAAAACUCUGUGGUUUUAGGGGCUGGAGCAGCGGAGCAAGCUGGAGGUGCGGAAGGAGCUGCUGCUGAGGGAGAGAAGAGAGAAGAGGGACAAGCUGGGUCUCCAGCUCCAGCACCUGAAGGAGAAGCUGUUGCACCGAAGGCAGAAGUUGACACAAAGCCAGCAGAUGACUCAAUUCUAAAAGAUGUUGCUGCUCCUGACACAGCUGCAGCUAGUCCUUCCACUGGGGAUGUACUAUCUAAAGCUGAAGAUGAACCCCAAGGAACAGAAGGAGAAGCACUUGCUGUCAAAAGCUCAGCAGGGUCAGGCAGUGGCGUUCCGGGUAUCAGCGCAACUGGCUCUCCGAUUCCAUCUGGCAGCAAUGACGACGAGGAUCAAAAGUCCGACCUUGCUCCGAGCGAGCACAUGCGACAGCAGAUCCGACGUACCAGCGCUGAAUUAGAGGAGUUGCAUGAAAAGCCGCAAAAGACAGCGAGGGAGAAACUCCGGUUGAGACAAAUCCUCGCUUGUAACAAGCAUGAACAGCUUCGGUACGUGAUGACGAAGCCAGAGUCGAUUCCCCAUGUGGCGACGAUCUUUGAGUGCACUUUCGAUGUCGAUAUGGAGAGGACCUUGAUGCACGAGUUGGACCGUUCUGUGCAAAGGAUGGCUUUAGAACGAGAAAGGUUAGAGGAACUCCACUUGAAGUGGAUCUGCGUGAAAGUGAAAACCGCGAUGUCUUUGGUCGAGGCACAAGCAGCCUUAACCGCAGCGCAAGAUGCUGCUGGAGAAGGAAAGAACAAGAGCAAGAUGCGCAGUAGAGCUCAAAGUGGAGCAUUUGGAGGUCCUGGCGGUGCUCCUUCUCUAGGCCAGUUUGGUUCUGUCGCAGCGGGAACUUUGAGUGCGCCAGCGGAUCCAGUGAAAAAGUCCAAAGAUCCAUUGGCGAAGUACUACAACAUGACCCCUGAGGCUGUUGCUGGAACUAUUUUGCAGUUGUCCUAUCCCAAAGACCUGCGGAUUCCAGCCCUGAAGGAACGCGUCGAGACCCUGCAAAGGAUUGCCAAAGACGUGGAAACUCUGCUAGAAGUGUUGGAUCGGAAACAUGCGGAGUUCUACCCAGCAGAAGCUUUGAGACGGUACUUUUUGGAUGCGGUUCGGCAUAUUAGCGGCUUACGCCCAGACGCAGAAUGGAUCGUGGAGAUUCGGCAUCGUAGUUUUCUAGAGGACGAGUUAGAACCCGACUACUUGAACCCCGAUCGCUUCAUCGUGGAGAUCAUCGAUCCUUUCCGCGACACGCCGCCAAAAUGGCACUUUCUAGUGAAAACCGAUAUGCAGAGAACAAACAUGUACGUCACUGAAAAGCAAGUGGAAGAAGCCUUCCGUCUCCACCACUUGACCGAGGACGAAUGGAAAAUCGAAAAACAAAAGCGAAAGGAACAGGAAGAAGAAGAAGCUUUGUUAAAGAAGGAAGAGGAAGAACGGGAACGAGCUAAACAGGCGAAAAGAUUAGAACAAGAAAAUGCAGAGAUAUCUAAUGCAUUGGCUGCUUCUGCCACUUCUCAAAAUCCUGGUGGCGCUCCAGAUGCCAAUAACUUCUUCGCAGGCUUGAACGAACCAGAAGAACCUCAAGAAGAAGAGGAGCCUGAACCUCUGCGAAGACCUUAUCACUUAACCGAUCCUCAAAAGAUCGUCCCCGUCUAUCGCUUAGACCCGUACCCUGUGUCGAGAGUGCUCAGUUCCUAUGGAGUCAAGAGAUUCCACGCAAGCGAGGCCAGACGUAAAGCUAAGGAAGUUCGAGCAAAGCGUAGACAAGACCGCAAAAUCGAGAACGACUUUCAAAACUCUCUCAGACGGGAGCAUGGGCAACCAGAGCUUCCGCCACCCCCAGACACGCCCUCAGACGGCGAGUCCGAAGCUGAAGCCCUUGCCGCCGAAACGGACCCAGCGAGAAAGGCGCUGAGAGCGUUUUUGGCUAACCCGGAUCAAGCCAGAAUCGAAUUCCCAGGAGAUGUCCUAGCGGCUUCUGAAGGAGGGGCGACACAGUCGGAAGUCGGUGCAUCCAGACCACAGUCCUCCGCGAGCAGACAGAAGACGCCUCCUGGUGUGCAGGUGCCGGUGCAAAUACCAGGCACUGGAAAAGAGGUGAUGAUGACUGUCUAGUGAUAAGGACAAUGAAGAUGACUGUUAUUAGGUAAGAACAGAUGACUGUUUAUAAGUAGGUAAGAACAACUACAUGUCCCCAACUCCAUAGCUUCUGUGCGAUAUUGUCUCUACUUAGGUAGUCCUGUAGAAACUACGACAGGGACACACACACAUGACCAACCCCAAGUAUAUUGCUGAAAACCAAAAUGAAAAUCCUUGAACCAAGAGAACAGAUGAUUACUGAUUAUAAUACCGACUGCGUUCCAUCGCAGAUUGUCUUGACUACACAAAUUUGUAUUUCGAUACACAAUCACAUUCACACGUUAUACCUAUGUUGAAAUGAAGCCUAUGUCUUUUUUUAGCGUUAAGACAUCUUGUUUGAAUACUUGUUACUAAGAGCGUACUUGUUGAACUUAAUACUUAAUACUAUUCAUCGAAUAAAACCAAAACACGACUUGUAAAGAUAAUCAAUGUAGUGUGGGACUUGAUCUCUUCCGAGCAGUAAGAGUGAACAGCGAAUACACGCACCAUAUAACACCGAACUUAAAGAUCACAUAUGAGACAUACUAAUACUUGUUAAAUCCUUAUCUACAUAGAGCAACUAGUUGAAUUCUACUUAUCGACAAUCACGAAACAACGAAAGGGAUAAUGAAAAAUGAAUCUACUGGGAACACCGAUGAUAUUCCUGCCUAGAAGAUCAAACGUUGAUCUUCAUCUUGGGAAGAAAAACUGCCGAGAACUGCAU